AUGGCGCAGCAAAGAAAUCAGCUGGAUUCAGAGAAAAUCUCUUGUUCCAUCUGUCUGGAUCUCCUGAAGGAUCCGGUGACUACUUCCUGUGGACACAGCUACUGCAUGGACUGUAUUAAAACCCACUGGGAUGGAGAGGAUGGUACGAGAAUCUACAGCUGCCCUCAGUGCAGGAAGACUUUCACACCGAGGCCUGAACUGGAGACAAACGUCAUGUUAGCAGUUUUAGCGGAGGAGCUGAAGAAGACUGGAUUCCAAUCUGCUGCUGAUGAUAUCUGCUAUGCUGGACCUGGAGAUGUGUCCUGUGAUUUCUGCACUGGGAGGAAGGUGAAGGCUGUCAAGUCCUGUCUGGUCUGUUUGGUCUCUUAUUGUGAAAAUCACCUCCAGCCUCACUAUGAUGUAGCUCCACUGAAGAGACAUCAACUGGUGGAGCCCUCCAAGAACCUCCAGGAGAACUUCUGCUCUUCUCAUGACGAGGUGAUGAAGAUUUUCUGUCUCACUGAUCAGCAGUUGAUAUGUUAUCUCUGCACCUUGGAUGAACAUAAAGGCCAUGAAUCAGUCCCAGCAGCAGCAGAAAGGAAGAAGAAGCAGAAGGAGCUGGAGGUGAGUCGACUGAACGUCCAGCAGAGAAUCCAGGUCAGACAGAAAGACGUGAAGCUGCUUCAACGGGAGCUGAAGGCCAUCAAAGUCUCUGCUGAUAAAACAGUGGAGGAGAGUGAGAAGAUGUUCGCCCAGAUGAUCCGUCUCAUCCAGAAAAGACGGCGAGAUGACGUGACAGCAGCUGUGAAAGAGCUUAGAGAUAAAAUACAGGAAAAUCUGAGGGACACGUGGACAAACAUCUCACUGGCCAUCGCUGAAGUCGAUGUUCUACUGUCAGAACCACAACCAAAGACCAGACAUGGGUUUUUAAAAUAUUCAAGAGAAAUCACUCUGGAUCCAAACACAGCAUUCAGAUUCUUGGAAUUAUCUGAAGGAGACAGAAAAGUAACAAGAUUGAGACAAGAACAACAUUAUCCUGAUCAUCCAGACAGAUUCACUUAUUGGAAUCAGGUCCUGAGUAAAGAGAGUCUGACUGGACGUUGUUACUGGGAGGUGGAGUGGAGAGGAGGAGUUUAUGUAUCAUUCGCAUACAAGAGUAUCUGCAGAGAAGGAAGCUCAUAUGAAUGUGGAUUUGGAAGAAAUGAUAAAUCUUGGUCUUUAUAUUGUGACACAAACAGUUACUCAUUUUGGUACAACUCCCCUGAAGCUUCCAUCUCUGGUCCUCAGUCCUCAAGAAUCGGAGUCUAUCUGGAUCACAGAGCAGGUAUUCUGUCUUUCUACAGCGUCUCUGAAACCAUGACUGUCCUCCACAGAGUCCAGACCACAUUCACUGAACCCAUACAUGCUGGAGUUGGGUUUGUAAAUGCUGGAGACACUGCAGAGUUCCUAAAACUCAAAUAGAGUAACUCCAGUGACUGAGGGUCGGUUCAUG